AUGUCUGUGUCCAGGGCGGUUCACAGUUCAGUCAAUGGGACCACAGCCAUCCCGUGGAGGAGCAGCAGGAGGAGACUGUCGCUGCUAGAGCAGCUGAGGGGCUGUCAGAAGGCCUGGUGCCCCGGGUCACCCUGGGAUAGAGAGGGGGCCCACGCUGCUAUCUGUGGAACACCUGCUGGGAGUUUCCUGGUUGUUCAGGACUCUGCAACGUCCCAGCCGAGCCUGCUGUGUGUGUCUGCUGGAGGGGAGAAUGAAGCAGUCCUCGACUAUAAUAUCAAAAGCACUGGCACAGACUUCCAACUGUCUGAGUCUCGUCUUUCCUUCUCUGACUUGGCUCAGCUCGUGCUCUUCUACUCUCUGACCAGGGAUGUGUUAGGCGUUUGUCUUUACAUUCCUCACUGGAUCUUCAGUGUAACUGAGAAGAACAGAGACCGCCUCUCUCAACUUGAGCCCAAUACGUGGCUCUGCACACCGCCUGACCAACAGACUGAUGAUAUGGCCCACAGGGAGCCAAGCAACGUAAUGUGCUCCAUACAGGAGCUGGACUCUCUGUCGAUCAGCAGCAUAGAGGAAGAGCAGGAGUCCCAAGUGCAGAGCCCUAACCUGCACCACCCGUCUGCACACCGGUUGGCUGAUAAGGUCAUAAAUCGGCUCUCAGCGGUGGGUCAGGCUCUCGGCGGGCUGGUAAGUCAGAAGAAAAGACUAACAAAUCGCGUGCAGGAGUUGAGUGACCGUAAAGGUGGGGCGUUUGCAGAAGCUGUGAAAGGAUUUGUGGAGAUGACACUGAAGAAAGGGGCUGAACCCGGUGGAGUCAGGGGGUCAGAGUUCUUACAGGAAGUCAGAUUAUCGCUCACGUCACUGAGGGAGACACUGUUGGACUAUCCAGAAAUCCAGGCAUUGUUGGACAGCAUUAGUGACCUAAAUGACUCAGAGAUCGACGCCCUGGUAGAGCUUUCCCUCCACAAGGUGGGUCUGAAGCCCGUCUCUGCACACCUCUACUCAUGCAUUCAUGCCUCCCGGACCGAUGACGGCACCUUCCAGCGCCUCCAGAGCAACCUGCGUGUGCUAGAGAAGAAAGGGAUAGAGGAGCUAGGGGGCUCGGCGGGAGUUGGAGUUCCUGACUCUGUCACCCUGGAGCGGAUCCAACAAAGGUGGACUAGUAUGCACGAGGCCUACUCCCCGAACAAGAAGGUCCAGAUCGUGCUCAAAGUCUGCAAAAGCAUUUAUCACAGCAUGAGUGCUAAUGCGAGCUCAGGUACUGUGUUUGGAGCAGAUGAUUUCCUGCCUUGCCUGACAUGGGUGCUGCUCCGUAGUAAUUUGGUCACCUUACAGCUGGACACAGACUACAUGAUGGAGCUACUGGACCCCACACAGCUACAGGGAGAGGGUGGCUACUACCUUACAACUCUAUACGCCUCUCUUUACUACAUCAGCAGCUUCCAGCCACGAUUGGCCGCUCGUCAGCUCAGUGUCGAAGCCCAACACUCUCUUAACCAAUGGCAUCGCAGGCGCACCCUGCACUGCAACCAAUCGCGUCGCAGCAAGCACAGACGGACCAUUCGCAGGCAGCCGUGUCGGGACAGGGGUUUGCAGAACUCUGAGACAGGAACUGGGAGUAAAGAGGAAAGUGUGAAAGAAUCUGAUUCUGUUAAUAUUGAUGAGUCACAGCAGCAGACAGAAAGCACCACAGAGGCUCCUCAGCUGCUGAAGGAAGAGACCAGCGGAGGACAAGGAGCUGAGGACGAAUCACAGACAUCCACUCCAGCACCAGACUGUAAUCAGCAAGACGUAAUAAGGAGCAAACAGGAAGAGAGACAGACUCUAUGUGCAGCACGAGAAGAGGACCACAGGGGGUUGCAAUGGAGAGAAGAAGAACUGACCUGAGAGGCAAGGAGUGACCACCUAUCAGCCACACAUUUUUAGACCAUUUAGACAGUCAUAUUACCGAAGAAUGCUCAAACCGUCCCAUAAGCUGCCACAUAAACCAACAGCAUGUCCCGUCUCGCUCAGUUUCCUCCUCCAUAGAGGCCAAAGCUUUUCAUUUGUGUCAUUAACAUACUGUAGUUGUGGUACUAUACUGAGGCCUGAGUUAGUCGUUUCCAACCUGGAGGGUGUGACUCCUCCAAGGGUCCUAAGAUAAAUGUUAAGGAACUGUUUCUUUACUUCAAACCUGGUACAAGUCAAGUCUCCUCCAUUUGAAUCGGUCAUGAGCCAAAAAGGUUUGAAAACACUGGCUUAAGUUAGUGCAGAUUAAAUGUCAUAGUUAUAUUGUAAAGAAGAGACAUGUUUAUACAAAUAUUGACAUUUGUUCAUUUGUAUCAAUGGACUUAUACUUUGUCUUACAUCUGAUAAUUGAUCACAUUGAUCAAUUAAUAAUAUAUUGCCAGUCACCAGGCAUCUAUCCACCUUUUCCUCAGAAAUGUGGUAAACAUAAGCAAGCUUACAGUAGAUGUUAUUUGAUGCAGGAGAUCUGUCACCUUAUAAAGAUAGUUCAUUUAUUGUGGCUAUUCAAUUUUGUAUGAGAUGGAAUUCUUUAACUUGAUUAAUUUAAACGUAUGUCUUUUUUUAUCUAUUAAUAUUAAAGUAACAAUGUGUUUAAAGAGUAAAUUAAUAAAACAGUUUUGCUC